GCGGAGGAGCAUCAUUAGAUCCGAUUGCCGCAGUGACCAAGUGUCCGCCCUCCAGAGUAUCGCCGCCCGCGCUUGCAUGAUGUGGGUGAGGCGCCCGAUGGGCGGCCCCUUGUGGCGCGGUGGGCGUGCCGGCGAGAGGAAGGUCGCGUGAUGGCAACGCCCCAGAGCCGAGUGUCUCACGCCCCUAGCACCGAGAACCUGCUGGCUCCGCCCAAGGCCGAGACGCCCCUCUGCGCCAUGCCGCGCCCUCUGAUCACAAUGGGCGAGAGCGCCGACAGUGGCGACAGCGUGACGGCGUCGCUCUUCCCCUCCAGCGCCGCCGUCGUCGGCCAGCGCUGCCCCCCCGACGCGCAGCACGACGCGGGCGCCACGCGCUCCGUCCCCGACAUCGAGCUGCACGCCCGCGAGGUGAGCACGAGGCCCGAGUACCGCGGGUACCGCCUGCUGGCGCCGCAGGUGCGGUGCUCGUGCUCACACCUGCCUCGCGCGCCGUCCCGCGAGAGCGUGCGCUCCGUGCAGGGCGGCAGCGAGGUGGUGGUGGUGGCGCCCACCUCGUACCGCGACCGCAUCAUCCGCCAACACUCGCAGCCCGAGACCUGCCUGCACUGCCACCACCCGAAGCCCUCCGCCUCCCUGCGCCACCUGCCGCGCCUCGACUCCUGCUCCGCCACCACGCACGCCGCCGAGGGCAUCGCCACCAUCGCCGCCGACACGCUGCGCAUCAACGGCGCGCUCAGCUCGUUCAAACAGCUACGCAAGCCGGUGUCCACCUUGUCGAUCCCUGGCUCGAUGAAAGGCGGCACGGGCGGGGGAGGCGGGCGUGGAGUCGAGGGCGAGGACCCGGCCAUAGCACUGGUGGGCGUGCGCUCGGAGUACCCACGAUACACGGAGGAGAAAACUGGAGGAGGCUCGGGGAAAACGGCCUCCUUCAGGCUCCGGAAUAAGCCCAACGUCGGCUACCGGCUGGGGCGGCGCAAGGCCCUGUUCGAGAAGCGCAAGAGGAUCUCCGACUACGCCCUCGUCAUGGGUAUGGUGGGCAUCAUCGUCAUGGUCGUUGAGAAUGAGCUCUCCUCUGCCCAAGUCUAUUCGAAGGCUUCCUCCGCCUCCCACGCCCUGAAGACUUUGAUCAGCGUGUCAACGGUCAUCCUGCUGGGGCUAAUUUGUGCCUACCACGCGCUCGAGGUUCAGUUAUUCAUGAUUGACAACUGCGCCGACGACUGGCGCAUCGCAAUGACGUGGCAGAGGAUAGCGCGGAUAGUGAUGGAGCUCCUGAUCUGCGCAGUACAUCCUAUCCCGGGCGAAUAUUCCUUCUUCUGGACCACCAAACUCUCCAACCAGGGCGGGGUGGUCGACUCCCAGUGGGUCCCGAUCGACAUCACGCUCUCCCUGCCAAUGUUCCUGCGGCUCUACCUUAUAUGUCGAGUCAUGUUGCUACACUCUAAGCUCUUCACCGACGCUUCCUCGAGAAGCAUUGGCGCCCUCAACCGCAUCAACUUCAACACGCGGUUCGUCCUCAAAACGCUAAUGACCAUCUGUCCAGGCACUGUCUUGCUGGUGUUCAUGGUAUCACUCUGGAUCAUUGCGUCAUGGACUCUCCGCCAGUGUGAGAGGUACCAUGAUGAAGAACAUGCCAAUUUGUUGAACGCCAUGUGGCUUAUAGCGAUCACAUUCCUUUCCGUGGGGUACGGUGAUAUAGUCCCAAAUACAUACUGUGGGAGGGGUAUUGCGGUGACUACUGGAAUAAUGGGGGCCGGAUGUACUGCGUUAUUGGUCGCUGUUGUCUCCCGUAAAAUGGAGCUUACCAGAGCUGAGAAGCAUGUUCACAAUUUUAUGAUGGACACACAGUUAACAAAGAGGUUAAAAAAUUCGGCGGCUAACGUUCUGCGUGAGACGUGGCUAAUAUACAAACACACCAAACUUGUCAAAAAGGUUAACCACGGUCGAGUCAGGACGCACCAGCGGAAGUUCCUGUUGGCCAUUUACGCGCUGCGGAAGGUCAAAAUGGACCAGCGGAAAUUAAUGGACAACGCCAACACCAUCACUGAUAUGGCAAAGACACAAAACACCGUGUACGAGCUGGUGUCCGACAUGAACGGGCGUCAGGACGUCCUGGACGAGCGCGUGACGACGAUGGAGGACAAGCUCACGCAGAUCCAGGAGUCGCUGGACUCGCUCCCCGACGUCCUGGCUCGGUGCCUGCAGAAGCACCAGGAGCUCCUUGAUCAAAGGCGAGUCGCCGCCCCAUCCUCCAACUCCCUCCACCCUGACAUGGCAGCCCGGCCGGGGGGCUACCCGGCGCUCACGGGCAGCCAGUCCCCGCGGGGCUCGCCCGUCUGGCAGCAGCAGCAGCAACAGCAGCCACCACAACCGCAAGGAAACGCACCUCCAAUAUUCCCCCGGGCCAGUCUGAGCCCGACCUUGCAAUCAGGGGAGCGGUCGCCCCCCGCGCCGGCGUCGCUCAGCGGGCAGUCGCUGCCCAAGUCGGAGGCGUGAAGCUAAGCCGUCCAACCGCGGGCAACAGCAGAAGUAAAAGUAGCAACCACAGCUGUUUGUAGGCUACUGUUGAUGUCCGCGCCUUACACGCUUCUACACUCGCCAACACCCCAGUACGUCUCACAUCUCUCUCCUGCUGCCCUCAUCUCCUGCCACGGCGGGCCGAGGCGCUCGCGGCCUCUGGGACUCGCCGGGCGCCGCACUCUCCAGGUCGACACUUCACCGCUCUCCCUCAUCACUCAGUGCAUAAUGUGAUAUUAGACAAGACACGGCUGUAGGGAGGAUCACCUCUGCCGGUCGGGUACAGCAGUUCGAGUGAGACUCCCGGCGUAUAGUUAUAAACUUCUACUGAUAUUAAACAUUUCCUUGAACAUUCUAACGGCACUUUAGAAAGGGUGUGUUAACUCUGUGUAGCAUGAUUAUGGAUGGUAAUGCAUCUACAAGGAAAGGACUAAACCUGUUCAAAGGUUUCGAUACUCCUUUGCAAAUAUGGUGCUCUUUGGGAAGUUAUAAGGCUCUGACAGUAUUCUCCGCUCUCUGGCAAGUUAUGACACGAUGCUGUUGAGAUGCUUCUGUGAGGGUGACAGAUACUACCUUGACUGGCGCUCUGCCGCCAGUGGAAUGAAAAUAAUGCCCAGGUCAGAGGACAGAGUUAUUCAAGAACAUCAAAAUGGCAGAUGGUGACCUGAAAUGGCCCGAGGAAGUCAGUGACCCAGGGGGAACUUGACGGGCCGCAGGGGACACACACACACACACCCGCACGUCACCCCAAGUUGAUCGUUCUUGAAUAAUCUGCGUAGAAGACCAAAUUUUCCCUGGCAUUGCGGUGGUGGUCCUCAAGGCUGAAGUCCCAGGUGGACCUCCACACAAAACUCAAGAGAGCCACCACCCAAUGGAGGAAUUACUUGGGUCUUGCUAGACGAUAGGUAUCAGCGCUUAUUAGUUAGGUGGACCGGGUGACGGCCUCCGUUCGGUAGAAAAGGAGGGGUUACCGUGCCUGUUACAGAGAAUAACACACGUACAAAAACAUACAUUUCGUUAUCUCUUUAAGUCCUCUCUCUCUCUCUAUCUAUCUAUCUAUCUAUCUAUCUAUCUAUCUAUCUAUUUAUCUCUCUCUCUC